CUCUCUCUCUUUGGUGUGUAAGUGUAACUACACUUGGCCUUCUUCCCCUUCCCCUCCGUAUGGAAGGAGGCAAGGCAGCCAUUAAACCACCCUCUCCUAAAAAAGUCCUGACCGGAGUCUUAAUUAGUAUCAGCAGCUUAAUUCCCUCAGAAACCCCUACAUAUGAUUGCCACGAGUCAUUAUAAAAGGGAAGCCACCAAUGAGUUCUCUCUGUCCCUGCAUGCAGCUAGGCCCUCCUUGUUCUUCUUCUACUUGAUCUCCUACCUUUUCUUUUCUAAUCCCUGCACACCCACCACCACUUUAUUUAGGGUAGCUGCUAGUGCCAGUGCAUGGCUAUAUAUAUGCAUCUAUAAGUAGGUUGUACCCUCCAAGGGGAUCAUCAUCCAUCACCAUAGAAGCCAGGUGCAAGGUCAUAGUAAUGUCUCAGAGGAAAGGACCCAUGGCUGUGACCAGCAAGCAUGAGGAGGAGAUGGAGCUGAGGAGAGGCCCCUGGACACUGGAGGAGGACAACCUCCUCAUGAACUACAUUGCUUGCCACGGCGAAGGCCGCUGGAAUCUCCUCGCCCGCUGCUCCGGGUUGAAGAGGACUGGCAAGAGCUGCCGGCUCAGGUGGCUCAACUACCUCAAGCCUGACAUAAAGCGCGGCAAUCUGACGCCGGAGGAGCAGCUCCUCAUCCUUGAGCUCCAUUCCAAGUGGGGAAAUAGGUGGUCCAGGAUAGCGCAGCACCUGCCGGGGCGGACGGACAACGAGAUCAAGAACUACUGGCGGACGCGGGUGCAGAAGCAGGCGCGGCAGCUGCGGGUGGACGCCAACAGCGCCGUCUUCCGCGACGCCGUACGCUGCUACUGGAUGCCUCGCCUGCUGGAGAAGAUGGCCGCCACGUCCGCGCACCACGUCGAGCUGCCGCCGCCGCUCCACCCCGCGCACAUCGCCGGCAAGGCCUCCUCCUCGCCGAUCCACGGCAGACAGCAGUGCCAGCACGACGCGAAUAACGCGCCGGCAGGCAGCGGCAGCUACCGCCAGCGCUACCCCGUCGACCCGAGCCCGAGCACGUCGACGUCCGGCUCCGGCUCGGCACCGACCGCGCUCCAGCCGGUGCCCUGCUUCUCAGAACUGAGCUGGUUCAACCAGUACGGCGCCCCCGGAGAGCUCGACGGCUCCGCCCUGUUCGACUCGGCGGCGCUGGGGAGCCUGGGCCUGGAUGAACUGGACCUGGGCCUGGCCGACUGCGACUACUCGGACUCGACGCUCCUGGACUACCUGAACUCGACCUGCACCGGCAGCGCCAUGGUGACGAUGGGCGCCGGCAACGUCCACAGCAGCUGCGGCGCCAUGGGUGGCGACGGCGACUACGCCUCGACGUGGCGGACGGACGAUCUGUACUGCCAGGCGGCGGCGAGAAAGCUCGACGAGCAUCAGUGGGGAGGAGGAAUCUAGAAGCAAUCGAGGUAGGUAGCUCGCUAAAGCCUGAGCGGAUGGGCGAAGGUUGCUUCUUGCGAUGUCUCUCUACUAAAGCUAGCGAUGAUCGAGAUGUCGCAUUAGUUCAUUAGUGGAGCAUCUAGCAGCUAGCUAGAUGCAUGAUGAGUGGCGAUCAAAGCUAGCAGAAUUUUCGCUUCGUUUCGGACCGAUCGAUCGAUUGAUCGAGAUUUCCGCUGUUCGUUUGGACGCUCAUAGUUUGUGUACGUAGUAGCUGCAGUCGAUUGUGCCUGUAUGUAGGUGCGUACGUACACGUACGUGUUGUAACUUUUCAUCGCGAUUUACAUUUGGAACUGUAAUCCACGUACGUGUGUGCUGUUCCUUC